AUGAAUGUUUACUAUCUGUCUCCGACGUUGGCAGAGGCCAGCAGGACCGCCUCGAGCACGACCCUCUCGGUGCGCCGCCGUCUCAGCAACGUCAGCAAUGUCGUGACCCGCAAGCUGCUCAGCACGAUCGGCUGGAACCAGGUGUCGCUCUCCUCGCAGGACAUCAUGACGCAAGACGCCGUGACGCGGCAGCACCAUCAUCUGUCGGCGCAGCUUAUUGCGGCGGUGCGCGCUGCCUCAACCACCGGUGGCUCGUCCUCAGCAGUCGCCGCCAAUCCCUCGUCCUCAGGCGUCGACCUCAAUCCCUCGUCUUCAUCGGUCGUCGCCAAUCCCUCGUCCUCAGGCGUCGACCUCAAUCCCUCGUCUUCAUCGGUCGUCGCCAAUCCCUCGUCCUCAGCCAUCGCCCCCAAUCCCUCGUCCUCCUCCGUCACCGCCAAUCCCUCGUCCUCAGCCGUCGCACCCAAUCCCUCGUCCUCCUCCGUCACCGCCAAUCCCUCGUCCUCAGCCGUCGCACCCAAUCCCUCGUCCUACUACUUUGUCACCGUAAAUCCCUCGUCCUCCUCCUGUCGCUCCACCCAACAGCCGCGCAAUCGUACAGGAACUCUUGCACUAUCAACGGAGGGCGGCGGAGGCUCAUGCCGCGAUAGCCGACGAACUGGCUGCCCUGAUUGA